AUGGCCCCCAUCCGAACGCAAUGGACCCGCUUGAUUCGCUUCAUAGCGGCCGAGACGGGGAACGUCCACCUCGGUGAGCCCGUGGAUCCAAAGCUGGACGUCGGUAUGGCGUCCCAGCUCCGGCAAUCCAUCAAGGCGUAUGAGAUCCUCGGUUCUGUCACCGACCUUGGCUCGCAGGUCACUCAGAACGUGUUGACCGUCAAGGAGCUGCUCGCACCCCUCGCUCGCCACGAAGUAGGCGGCGUCGUGCGUUGCUUGGGUCUCAACUACGCCGACCACGCGGCGGAAGCGAACCUGCAGAAGCCCUCGAUUCCCGUGAUUUUCUACAAACCUCCGACUACUCUCAUCGGCCCGGGCUCGUUCGUGACCGUCCCACGCUUCGCACAACCUGUUGAGGAGCAUCUCCCCGAUUACGAGGUCGAGCUGGUCAUCGUUAUUGGUAAAGCGGCAAAGGAUGUCUCUGAGGCGGAAGCCCUUGACUAUGUCCUGGGCUACACCGGCGCGAACGAUGUCUCGUUCCGCAAGCACCAGAUGACUGCUGGUGGUGGGCAAUGGAGUUUCUCGAAGAGUUUCGACAAUACCAACCCUCUCGGGCCAUGCAUUGUCGCUGCCCACGCCAUCCCUGACCCACAACAUCUGCCCUUGAAGACGGUCGUCAACGCCAAGACUGUCCAGGAUGGCAACACCUCUGCUCAAAUCUUCAAUGUCAAGCAGACAAUUGCAUACCUGUCGCAGGGUACCACACUCCUGCCUGGCUCUCUCAUUCUCACAGGAACACCGGCCGGUGUUGGCUUUGUCAAGAAGCCUCCUGUUUACCUUAAGGGUGGUGACUACAUGACGACCUACGUCGGCGGCGGCAUUGGCACGCUCGCAAACAUGGUUGUCGAGGAGGCUGCGCCGGGCAAGGCGAAGCUCUAG